AUGAGGCUUGCGCCGAUGGCAUAUGCAAGUGCGUGGAGAAGACGUGCUCAAACGUUGAUUCCUGCGGGUUCCUCGUUCUCUGAUACCCAGGAAAAGUCUUGCAGCGACGGCAGAUGCAGAUGCAAAGACAAACUAGCGCCGGCGCCGACGUUCAUAUCCGGCCUUUGCAACACUCACAUCAGGAUAUACGGCAGCGAAAAGCGCUUUUCUGCUAGUAUAGUCGCAUACGACGGCUCGGGGACAGAGCUUUACAGGAAUUCUGAUCUCAACACGGAACACUCGUGGGGUGACACCAUUACACUGGACACCGGCAAGCUUCCUUACCUACUCAAGUACGAGUUCCUCGAUAAGUGGCUCGGCAACGCGCAGAAGCGCGAUCGACCUCCACCGGGCUCGAUCAGACCCGAUCCCCUCAGAUAUCAGACCUACAGCGUCAGGAUCACGGCGGGUGACAUGGUUUGGAGCGCCAUGGACGACGACAAAACUAGACAGAUGGUGCCGAGGUGUGAGGUUGGCAACUGCGACACUCAUGGCACUUGGGAACCGGGCGAGACUUUCAACGAUUUCAUUAAAGCCAGUCUAGGCCACGGUGAAAAGGUUCCAACAAGGGACAUGGAUUGUCGAUGGCGGUGUUGA